AUGGCUGUGGCCAAUGUCGAGGACGACUCUUCAGCCUCUGGUGUGCCGACGAACCCUUUUCCCGGUGCAGUCUUUUACCAGGAUGGUAGCUGUUUCACCAUUGCUACGUUCAGUGCAAGAAACUGCCUAACAACUAAAGCGACAAGGGACACUUUGUGCCAGGACUUUUUGAAGUACAAAGUGAAUAUCUGCGCGCUGCAGGAAACAGGAAUUCGUCGACGACAUCUGCUGGAGGAUCUCGACGGCUUUCGCCUCUAUAUGCCUUCACACCCAUAUCCACGCGGCUGUGGCCUGGCCUUCAUCGUCUCCAGGGACUUGGCGACGAGAGUUGACCAGGUUUGGGGUCUAUCGGACAGGGCGAUCGCAAUAUCCCUGCACUUGGACAACGGGUCGAACAUGACCAUAUUCAAUGUUUGCGCACCGUCGUCGUCGUCGCCCGGAUGUCCGGUCACUACUGCGUUCUACAACACCCUGUCUGGAGCAGUGGACAUAUCCGAGUCUCCCUUACUGCUCAUCGUCGGAGAUUUCAAUGGCAAAUGUGGAGCCAAACAGUUCGGAGAGGAGUGCAUCGGGCGUCACCCCGGACGCGGUAUGCGUAACGAUAGCGGGGAGGCGUUGGUUGCCUUUUGUGAAGCCAAAGACCUUUUCCUUGCAAACACCGCGUUUCGCCAUCCAGCCAGGCACAAGACAACUUGGACUGGUAAACGGCGGGACGCAAGGACCGGGAAAACCGUUCCCGCAUAUUCCCAACGGGACUACGUCGUUUGCCGCAAAUCGCAGGCACAGCUGUUCACAAACGCACGGAGUUACGGCGGAAUGACCGUGAAGUCCGAUCACAAGAUUGUCAUCGCCCGCUUGGCUCUUCAGCCCAGCCGUCAGUCAAUUCGCAAGCACUAUGGCCGACGCACCCCUCGCCCGACUCGUUCCGAUUAG